AUGUCGGAUGACAAUAUAAUUAGUGAUGAUGCAAAAUCCACUACUUCAGAGAAUUACUCUUAUAAAGGUUUCGAUUCAAAUGCUGAAAAGAAAAUUCAAGAAUUAGCAAGAAAAUUAACUAGAACAAGUACCAAUGCAGGCUCUGAUAUUGGUGAUAACACUUCUCUAUUCGACCAAGGUCUAGCUGCAGAUGGUGUUAAUCCAAUUUCAUUAAGUCCAAAUGAUCCAAAUUAUAACGAAAAAUUAGACCCUUCAAGUGAUCAAUUCUCAAGUUACUUAUGGGUACAAAAUAUGUCAAAUAUCGUUACUGCAGAUCUAGAUUAUUACAAACCAUACACUUUGGGUUGUUCUUGGAAAAACUUAGUCGCUGAAGGUGACUCUGCAGAUAUCUCCUACCAAAGUACUUUCUCAAAUAUUGCAAUGAAAUUAGGUACAAUCGGUUACAAUAAAUAUGUUAGUAGAAGUGCUAAAAAAGUUCAGAUUUUGAAAUCAAUGGAUGGUAUCAUCAACCCAGGUGAACUAUUGGUCGUUUUAGGUAGACCAGGUUCAGGUUGUACCACCCUAUUGAAAUCCAUCUCUUCAAAUACCCACGGUUUCACCAUCCAAGAGGAUUCAGAAAUUUCUUAUUCUGGCCUUUCAGCACACGACAUCAAAAAACAUUAUCGUGGUGAAGUCGUAUAUAACGCAGAAGCCGAUAUCCAUUUACCACACUUAUCGGUUUGGCAAACUUUAGUCACUGUUGCUAGAUUGACGACCCCUCAAAAUCGUAUUAAAGGUGUUUCAAGAGAGGAAUGGGCAGAACAUAUCACAGAUGUAGUCAUGGCUACUUAUGGUUUAUCACACACAAGAAAUACAAAAGUCGGUAACGAUUUAGUUAGAGGUGUAUCAGGUGGUGAAAGAAAGCGUGUAUCCAUCGCUGAGGUCGCUAUCUGUGGUUCAAAAUUCCAAUGUUGGGAUAAUGCUACAAGAGGUUUAGAUUCUGCUACAGCUUUGGAAUUCGUAAGAGCUUUGAAGACUCAAGCUACAAUUGCAAAUUCUUGUGCAACUGUUGCUAUUUAUCAAUGUUCCCAAGAUGCUUACGAUUUAUUCGAUAAAGUAUGUGUCUUGGAUGACGGUUACCAAUUAUAUUUUGGAUCUUCUACAAAGGCUAAAGCUUAUUUCGAAAAAAUGGGUUACGUAUGCCCGGCAAGACAAACUACUGCUGAUUUCUUAACUUCAGUUACUUCACCUUCAGAAAGAGUAUUAAAUGAAGAUUACUUAGCAAGAGGUAUUAAAAUUCCACAAACUCCAGUUGAAAUGGCUGAAUACUGGAGAAACUCANCAGAGUAUAGAGACUUAUUACAAGAAAUCGAGGAAAGCAAUAGAGUUGAUAACGAAAAUUAUAGGAACAGAUUAGGGAGCUCAUGUAGCCACUCAAUCUAA